GAAAAUUAUAACCGGAUUCAAUUACACACCAUUAAUUGUUUUCGUCACUAAAUAUAUCUCUUAAAAGAGAUGGGCUCAUUGAAUUGUUAUUGCCUACCUAUCAUCAUCAUAGAACUUAAUAAGCACUAAAUGAAUUCAUACGUCAUACAUAACAGAGAGCCACACUUUUGGAUUACUGUUGCUCUCUCACGUAAUUAGAUUGUAAAUCCAAUUUAUCCGCCUCGUUAAACAAAGAGUUGUUAUGGAACAAGUGGAAGUAGAAGUCCGGAGAGAACCUGUUCUUCUUUUGUUUUCUUUUGCUUGGUGGAAUGUAAAAAAAGGGCAGUCUGAUUAAGAAGUAAAGCAAGCAAGUUGUUCGCACAUGGUUUUUUAAGUCAUCAUCAUCAUCGCUUUGAUCGAACCAACGAAAAACCAAAAACAACACCUCUCGGGAACCAUCAACAGCAGCAGCAGCACAAUAAUUACAACGAUAUUAAACGAGUAUUUGUUUAUUUUAAUAUCUGUAAAUUAUUGUCAACCUUUUUUUUUUAUUUUGUUUAAUAAAGAGAAUUCGCAACAUUGGUGUCAGGUGUGGGGUACGUCCGGACUCCUGUAGAAGCCCUUACCAUGCCUAAAAGAUCCAGUAAUUCUUCUUUUCUAAACUCCAUAACUAGAACGGUUCAACAAACGAUCGAUGAAGUGAUGGAAAGCCAACGACAGAGAGAUGAAGAGCUUAUGAGAAAUAUUCGAUGCCUGGAGAGUACGAUGGCCGCGAGACUCGAUGAAAUGGGACAGAGGAGACCCCCUACUGCCCUGGAUUCUGCGUAUAUGACCCAAGGAGUAUUCCCCAACCCUUCUCCAUCCCACUCCGAAUCACGGCCAUCCUCCCGUAUCAGUCAUAGUUCACGUGGCUCCAUUUCGCCUGCUUCCCAGAUCUUAUCACACCAUGGCAUAACUGCGAAUGCUGGAACAGAUCAGCCUAUUGCACACCAGUCACCUAGCGCGGCCUGGCAUACUGAUGCAUGUCAUAACGUUCCUAGGGUAGAGAACGUUGUACCCAUUGCGAACGGCCAUCAAAUUAAUUUUUCGACAGUUAAUUGUGAUCGUCCGAUCUGGAACGGUCAUAGUUAUCUCCCACCAAAUCAAUCAAUUAAUCCAGUCAUGAACAAUCCGGGUUUACACGAGAUCGGCAAUCACGUGCCCGCUGCCACAGGUAAUUUAUUUCACCAUAGUUAUCAUCAAGUUCCUCAUCCAGGGGCAACAAGGUUCGAAGAAAAUUGUAAUUCUACCACAAACUUUCCCCGUUUUGACCAAAUUUUUUUGGGGGAAUCCUUGCCCAACGGAUUAAAUAUGGCACCUCCCCUUCAUUUUAAUUAUCAACCAAACAUCUGUCGGGAACCUUCCAUGGCACGACCGUUGUUGAACAACCAUAUUACUUCCCAUAACCUUCCUAACAAACCAGCUUUUAAACCCCAUUAUAUAUCGACCUAUGACGGCACAACUUCGUGGAGUGACUAUGAGCGCCAAGUGGAAGAUGCCGCUAUUUUUUAUCAGUGGUCAGCAGCAGAGACACUUAUAGCCGUUACGUCCAACUUAAGAGGACGCGCUUUAAGUUUGUAUGGCACCAUUCCUCGCCAACCUCCCCCUACGUAUGAACAGGUACGGCAGGUUAUGCGAGACCGCUUUUCUUUGGACGCCCAGGCAAGCUACCGUCAUUUCCGUAAAUGCGUUCAGUCUCCAAAAGAAUCAAUCCAGGAUUACGCAACUGAACUGGAAAGAUUGUCUACGAAUGCAUUUAGGGGGGCGCCUAAUGAAGUCGUAACCCAAAUAGUUAUGCAUCAGUUCAUCGAUGGCUUGUAUGACACACACCUUCAGAGUUUGGUUAUGGCUAGCCGUCCUAGUUUUAUAACAGAUGCUAUGCGCACCGCCAUGGAUCUUCAGGCGCAAGACACCAGAACUAAACCUCGAAAUGUCUACAACGUGGAAGUAGACUCCGAAGGGUUGGAUCGACGUAAUAACAAGCCGAGAAAUCAUAGAAGCAAAAAUAAGUCGGGAAACGAGCCGACAUCGACUUGA